AUGAGAACGCAACCAUCUCGAUCCCUUUGCCUCUUCGUUUUGCCUGCACUCUCCUUUGCCUUUCAAUAUCAAACAAACUACGGAUACGUGGGUCCAGCAUGUGCAGUAGCAGAUGAUGUACUAUUUCUACAUGGAGAAGCUCAACGAGAGCUGACGCCGAGUGAAAGCGAAGCAUUCCGCCAUUACCAGAGAGAUCUCAGCAUUUUCCUCGAAUUAAAAAAGAAGUUCCCCAUUUUGGAACCGCCAAAGAUGCCAUCAUUCUGUGGAUCGCUUAGCGAUGCAGCCGAACUCGUCCUUGAAAGUUGUAUUGUUCGUGAUGGCAUGGUAUACAUUGACGGCAGGGAAGUACGUCGCAUAACGGAUGAAGAGGAAAGGAAGGUGGAUGAGAUACUGGGCCCGUGGAGUAGACGACGACGAAUGAAGAGAAGAGGAACUCGAGAAAUUUCUAAAGAGCCAGGAUACUCACCCUUGCGGGACAUCUCGAUCUUCCUCGAUCGAUUUCUGAACGUGAACCCGACUGUUACGAAAAGAUUUGCUCCAUGGUUCCAACACUCCCCACUUGUAUCUGGUAGUGAACCAGGUUUGAGCUACGGUCCAUCAUCAUUUGUUUCACCAAAACACCUUGAAAGACCGAUUGUACCGAAACCAAUAAAGCCAGGAGGGUACGGCGUUAAACGACGUCCCGCUAGUCGAUGGGAAGCUAAGAAACCCUCGGAAAAUAAUGCUCCCAUGAACAAAACAGGAACAAUAAUAGUGCCAAACGGAAAGAAUUCUUACCCAUCCACAGCAACCUCUACUCCCUCUUCGGAAGUAAUAACAACAACAAAACAAACACUACUGCAAUUUCUGGCAAAGUCAUUAACAGAUCCUGAACUUGUGAGAACACUCAAAGAGAUCGAAAAAGCACAUCUUGGACAUGCGCCGUUACAAAGCUAUUCUAAAAAGGAGGGAACCCCAGCGCCGAAUGAACCUGAUUUCCUACCUGAUCCUGUAGCGAAAUGGUUUACGCGAACAACGGAAGAACCUAAUGACGUGGAAGAACACCUGUCGUUCCUACCGGAUGAGAUCUGCACGGCGCAUAUGAAAAAAUCGUCCAUCAAGAGGCUUACGCAUAUAUAA